GACUGGUGACGAGUAACGACAAGUGGACACCGCUUCGUAAAUUUGCGGGCACGGGAUUGACGGCAAUAAUCGGAAUCAGAGUUUGAGUACAGGACAAUAUCAAUGUAACAGCAAUAGUGUACACUCACACAUAUUUAUCUAUAUAUUUGUAUAUAUAUAUAUAUAUAUAUAUAUACAAAUAUAAACAUAUAUACAUAUUUAUUAUUCUCAACAGUGAUUACCGAUUACUGAUUACACUCCAGCGUAAUCACAACUCGAAUACAAAUAAAAUAAAAUUUACCAACUCCGUAAUAAAUUUUAUUUAAAAAGAAAAAAAAAAGAAAAGAAAACAGUAACAAUAAUAACAGUAACAAUUAAUCGCAAUAAUGCUCAAUAAAUAAGACAACAAUCUCCAGCGGAUUGCAUCUUUAUUGCAUAUGUACAUACAUUUAAAUAUAUGUAAUUUGACAGUGAGUUAGAUGAAAAGUGGUAUCAAGGGGGGAUAGAUUGUUCCGCCAUAUUUAGCAACUUGUGACUUACACAUUACAUAUAAAUAUAUAUACACAUAUAUAUAUGAGGAAAAUAUAAUAGUGUGCAUUACAGUGGAUUAACCCUGACUCUUCUCUCGGUAUCGUGCAAUAACCAAAUUUAUUUGUAACUCUUUAUUAACCUCAUCAGAUCAAUCAUAAAUUUAUAUAUAUAAAUAUAUAUAUAGAUAUACGCAUGUACAUUUAAUUACCAAGUGAACGCGAUGAUUACCAUGCCUUGGUUUACAUCACAUACAAAUUAGUGUACACAAGAAGAGGAUAAAAUUUUUUUUAUAACCAGUCUGUCAUCUAACUCGUUCUCUACCUCUACCUCCAACUUGUCCUCAGCAAAUUGCAUCACAGUCGUGAUUUAACGAUUAUUAAAAAUGAGUUUCUUUGGAUUCGGUCAAUCUGCUGGAUUGGAGAUAAUUUUAAAUGGAGCAGAUACGCGGAAAACAGCUGAAAUAAAAUCAGAGGACGGUAAAAAAGAACGACAUUUUCUUUAUUAUGACGGCGAAACUGUCUCUGGAAAAGUUAUUGUCAGUUUGAGAAAAGCUGGAAAACUGGAGCAUCAAGGAGUUAAAGUUGAAUUUAUUGGUCAGAUAGAAUUGUACUAUGACAGGGGAAACCACCAUGAGUUCACGAGUCUGGUUAAGGAACUUGCGAGACCUGGUGAACUUACACACAACACCGAGUAUACUUUUGAGUUCGCUAAUGUUGAGAAACCGUUUGAGAGCUACACCGGCUCUAAUGUACGCCUUCGGUAUUUUUUACGGGUUACUAUUGUCAGGAGAUUAAGUGACUUGGUGAAGGAAUUGGAAUUAGUUGUCCAUACACUGAGUUCUUAUCCUGAUAUGAACAAUCCCAUUAAAAUGGAAGUCGGUAUCGAGGAUUGUUUGCAUAUUGAAUUUGAAUAUAAUAAGAGCAAAUAUCAUUUAAAAGAUGUUAUUGUUGGAAAAAUAUACUUUUUACUAGUCAGAAUAAAAAUAAAACAUAUGGAGAUAGCAAUUAUUAAAAGAGAAACUACUGGUUCUGGACCUCAUACAUUCACGGAAAAUGAGACAAUAGCUAAGUACGAAAUAAUGGACGGUGCACCUGUUAGAGGUGAAUCAAUACCUAUAAGAGUAUUUCUAGCUGGUUAUGAUCUAACACCAACGAUGCGUGAUAUCAAUAAAAAAUUUAGUGUUAGAUAUUAUUUAAAUCUCGUACUAAUGGAUGAGGAAGACCGUCGUUAUUUUAAACAGCAGGAAAUAACAUUAUGGAGAAAAGGUGACAAGAGUAGAAAAUCUCAAACAGCAUCCCCCCACUUGCCGUCACAUCUCGUGUCAGCAGAAACCGGAUUUCCUCAAGGCGCCGCAAUAAAUGGACCCGCUCUAUCAUCGCCGCCGUCAAACUCUGACGACAUGCAAGAUAAUCAAGACGACGACGACGACGAAGAUGAUUCAACCUACGACCCACCAGCAGCACCAAUCGAAGGGAUGACUCGCGAAGAAGGUGACGGCGAAGGUGAAAAAGAAAUAAAUCCCGAGAGUCAAUGAGCGCCGAUCAAUUAUUUAUAAAUUUUAUAAUUUUUUUCAAGAAAAAAAAACAAAACAAAAUGAUUUUUUAUUAAAAAUUCAUCGACAUCAUUGAGGUUCAGGUGAUUAAUAGAGUAGCUAACGGACGGAUUUAUUGAUAUGAAACAAUUAAUAUUAUUAUUAUUAUAAUAAAUUUAUAUAUAUGUAUAACUUGCUCGGUCUAUGGAUUUAUCAGCAAAUAUUAAUUAUCAAUAACAGCUGGUAUCCACAUGAAUAUAUAUAUAUAUAUAUAUAUAUAUAUAUAUAUAUAUAUAUAUAUAUGGUUAAAUAAGUCUAAUUAAGCAGACUCUUAUAUACUUAUAAUGUACAUAUGUGUAUAUAUACUGAAAUUACCCGGAUUCCAAGUGUCCUUGGUAAUUAACGUGUCUUAUAUUGCUCUGAGAAUAAAAGAUAUAAGAAAUAAAAAAAUAAAAGUAAUAAGAUGAUUUAAUAAAAACAAGUAUUGUCGAGGAGUCUCUUUGUAAUUCGGAUAAAUACACGGUGUACACGGUGUCUGUAUUUUCUACCAUCAGUCCAUCAGUUAUAAAUAAUAAUUAAUAAUAAUCGUGCCCAGCAUCAUCUCACAAGGCUGAAAUGAAUCCCCAUAAUUAUUACAGCAACAAUAACUCGUCAUACAUUUAUGUGUUUAAAUGUAUGAUGACGUCCGCAAGUAAUAUUAACUAAUUAUGAUACCUUUGAUAAAGUUAAUAUGUGAUGAGACUGCGAGAUAAAAUUUAAAAGAUAUUGAUAUAAAUAUAAAUAUUAUAAAUUUAUAUCUGAAUGCUUUGGAUAUUCCUCUGUAGUGGACCAAAAAUUUAUUUUAUUAUUAUUAUUAUUUAUUAGUUUAUUAGUCAAAUUCCAAUUAUUCGAGAUACUGACAAUUAAAAUUUUUUUUGAAUCUUAUUUAGGCAUGAGAGUAAAAAAGAUCGAUAGUUUUUUUUAAUAAUUAUGAAAAAUUAAUUGAUAGAUUUUAAUUAUUUUUAUUGAUAAAUUUUUAAUGCAAUAGUUUGUAAGCAAUUUUUUAGUAAAAUAAUUUUAAAUUAUUUCACGUAAAAAUUUAAGUUAAAUUUUCAAA